AAUAUUAUUUUUUUGUUCUUUUACUUAUCCAAACCCUAUUAAAAAGAAAAAAAAAAAAUAUUUUCCUUGCUUCUUUUACUGCCCUCCUCCAAAGUUAUCCAAGCAGAGGAAUAGGAUAGGGCACAUUUGGUUGAUAAAGAACCGUAUGGGUUUCAACUGAAUAAUUAUCCCUCAUUGUGGGGGGCCGAAAACUAAACUGAUUAAAGUCGCUGCUGAACUUUCUGGCACGGACUGUUGGGAAAACUAAGACAGAAUGAGCUCAACGACUCUGGCUUUACCGUCGGCGGGGGGAGCAGCUUCAGGUUGUUCUUCCCUCAAUCGCCCCAUUGCCUUUAUAUCUUCGGCGUUCCGUUCUAUAGAUAUGAGCGUCUCUACGGUGACGUUGUCGAAGAAAUCUCUUGUAUGCCUUUCAUCAUCAUCAUCAUCAUCAUCAUCUUCUUCUCCUUCUUCAGCAAUACUGCCUGCUACUCGUACCAACAUUAAUAAUGGUUCGAUGAUGAUAAUUUGCUCCGUCAAAGGACGCUACUGCUACUCAACUAUCCCCGCUGGUAUAAUGAUAACAGAGAGAAGGAAGAAGAGGUUGAUUCCGUGUGAUGUCGCAUUGAGAUCCAACAUUUCGGCUUCAUCAUCUUUAUCUUCAUCGUCAACAACUGUCACCCAAGCAGAAGAAAAGGGGGAAGAAGCUGCUAAGAAGAUUGGGGCGAGGGUUCGAGUGAAGGUUCCCUUGAAGGUUUACCACGUGCCUCGCGUGCCUGAAGUAGAUCUGACUGGGAAAGAAGGUCAUCUCAAGCAGUAUGUUGCCCUCUGGAAAGGCAAACGAAUUUCCGCCAAUCUACCCUACAAGGUGGAGUUCAUGCUGGAUAUUGAAGGCCGUGGCCCUGUCAAAUUUUUUGCCCAUCUCAAGGAGGACGAGUUUGACUACCUUGAAUAGUAUUUUACAAUUUCAUCUGCUUUGCUGCUUCCCCUGCCAGACGAGGCAAAUACUGCUCUGUUUCCAUUUCCCUUUUAUUAUCUCUUUACUUAAUCAUACCCUUGUGUAAUGCAGUAUUAAAUGUAGUUUACAUGCUUAAUUGUUGUUCUUAUUUUUCCCAUCUUAUAUUUUUCUGUAUCAAUAUAAGAAUUUAUGCUUA